UUGGAUCAAACUCAAGGAAAUGCAGAAGCAGGAACCUGGAGUUUAAAUGAAUGGCGUGUCAAUGAAAUGUUCUUCUUUGGAGUUUUAUAUUAUUUUCUUGCUGUUUUCAUUUCUGGAGCCUUUGACAAAGCUCUAACAGCAGUGAUCCAAACACAGCAGACUGUGCUGGCAGCAGUGGGAGAAGAUGCUGAAUUCAGCUGUCAGCUCUUGGAGGCUAAAGACGUCGUUCAAGUCACAUGGCAGAAAAUCUCACAUGAUAGAGAGAAGAAUGUUGCCACCUACAACAAGCAGUUUGGUCAGAGAGUGAAUGAUGGCUUUACUGAUAAAUUUAAGUUUAAACAUACUGAACUACAGAACUGCUCCAUAGUCAUCAGGAAUGUGAUGGAGCAGGAUGAAGGCUGCUAUCACUGUCUGUUUAACACUUAUCCUGAAGGCUCCUUCACAGGUAAACCCUGCCUCCAAGUCUAUGAGCUGCAUGAACCUGUUGUUGAUGUCAGAGACUCAAACUCUACUGAAGAGUGGGUUGUUUCCUGUUCAGCCACUGGUCGACCUGCUCCCACUGUAACACUCAGUGUCUCACAGCAAGGCCUCAACUUCUCACAGUACAACACUGUCAGUGUGUCCAACACCAACGCUACAUUCACUGUCACCACUACAGCUGUGCUCUCAGGUUCACGUAAACACAGCACACAGGUGGGAUGUGCAGCACGAGUGCUCUCUGCUCCUCACAGAGAGGUGAUGGUGAUGAUUUCUGAUGAUGAUGAUGAUGAUGAUUUGGAUAAGAAGUCAGGAUCUAAUCAGAGAAAUUUAGGAAUCAGGAUUUCAGUCAUCCUGUCGUCUGUGGUGUUGGUGCUCUGUGUUGCUGCACUCAUCUUUGUCAGAGAGCUCGUGGUGAAUUACAACUGAAACAAGAAACACUCAGGAGUAAGUCUGUCUUCAUCCUGCCAGACUGCACUCGCAAAGUUGCUCAUUUCUUUUUCACUCUUCAGGAUAUUGUCACAUUUCAAUUCUUUCCAACUUACCUUUUACUUUUCUACUUUCUUUCUAAUUCAUCAAACCCUGUCUUUGGUUUGUCUAAGCUAUUGUUCUUUGUUCAAAAAUAUUUUUAUUCAGCAAUAUUAACACAGUGAAGCUAAAAUGGUUUUGUUUUUACUAUUAGAAGUGGACCGUUUUCAGUCAAAUGAAGGGACACUCAGACACUCAGUGGCAGAAGGCAGACACCUCCUGAGGAGUGUCAGUUCAUUAUGCCAGAAUGUAACAUUUUUUAUUUCAGUACUUUGUGCUGUUUAUUUAUUUUUUUGUAUAUCUUUGAAAUGGUGCUGUUUAUAAAAGUCAUGUUUUGGUGUUUUGUCAGAUAUUUAAACAUUAAGUUACUUGAAAUGCGAACUGUGAAAAUGAGCAUGAGUGGCUAACAUGAACCUUUCUCAUCAAUAACUUUGAUUAAAUUGAUUUCAUUGAUUAAAUUGAUACUACCAGAGACAACUACAGUGAAAACUGCACUGUGCUUUUGUAAAUAACAACACUUUUCCACCCGAAAUUGCAGAAAAUGGCAGCUGAAGGUCUCUGUUUGUUCACUGUGAACAUGUUAUGCUCAAUUUAUUACUACGUGUAUUGUUAAAAAACCAACACAUACAUUUGUGUUCAGUUACUCAGACCAGGAAUAUUUAUCACCUUAGUGAUGUAAGACCAUCCUGGUGCUCGUCAAGUAUUGUUUUAAUAAUGUUUUAAUGUUUUUUUUUAUCUGCAAACAUUUCACUGCUUAUCAGAAAGUGUAAAGAGACAUUUGAAGCUUUUGCUUUUUCUCUGUGCAAAACACUCCAUAUUGUCUCCAUGUAGUUUUGCAGGUACACCAUCUGUUGAUAUCAGUUACCUUUCCACACAUAAAGACAGCAAUUUUCAGACUUACAGUUUGUCAGUCUAAACACAUGCAGACUGCUGUUAUUCUCACUGUACUGCUGACUGACACAUUUUCAAAGGUAAAUAAAUUUCACAAAGUCAA